AGAGAAGUCCUUUAUUCUCAUUCCUCUUAAGGGAGCGUGUGUGUGCGCGAGUGAAUUUAUGUUGUGUGCUGCUGUUUAGUGAAAUAACAUUUCCUCUUGAGAUUACUAUUCAUCGUCAACAGAUAAUAAAGUUUAAUCUUCACCUGAAUGUCAGCUAUUGGUGUCUCACUACUAUGCGCUGGGAGGAACAGCAUUUUGUUUUUGCAGGUACACACAAAAAAAUUUGUAAAUUGAAGUUCGAACGAUGAUCCAUAAAUAAACAAAUAUUUUAUUGAAACAACUACAGGUUUACAAUUGUGUGGUGUAGUGGGCUUAAUGGUUGAUUCUUUUCAUUUCUGUGUUGAAAGUUCUUGUACAUGCACAUAAACAAACACAUCUUUGACACCAAUACUACAAUAAGGUGAGGUGUGCACAUUAUUCACUUGGGAUGUAGGGAAGACAUAUCUGGGCCAUAUUUUGCAGAGGCUCUUCAUCUGUCUUUAGCUUCCUUCCUUCCGAGUGUGAGAGGGUUAGGGUAGGGGUUAGUGUGUGGCAUCAUAACAAUUUUGCUGACUGUUGACUGUUUCUACCGGUCAUCAUUUCAGUGACAUGCAGAGGCCGCAUCCUCUUCAUGAAUCAGAGCAUUAUUCAUACAUCAGGCCAAACUCAUUCCUGUAAACUCUUGAUGGCAAAACACAGACUAUACAGUAAAUAACUUACACAACGGAAGUCAUUAUCAUGGCGAGAUUACUACUCAUCAGUUAGUGGGUAGUGCAGUUAAUAGGUCAACAUCGUAUUGCAACAUCAAAUCAUAACCGCUGACUUUCGUUGUUCAGCUAAGGUUUAUUCAUACUCUCAAUCAGUCUAAAGUUAAAUUCAAGACUUUUUAAGACCCAUUAAAUGCCAUUUUAUAUGAAAUCUAAGACCAAACCUGUGAGUGAAAUGCAAGGAGUUCAGUGUAUUAGUAGUAGUAGUUUGCACUGCUGUGAAGUGCCAGAGGGGAAACUGGAAUAUGUGAUGCUCCAAGCUAGCUAUAGUUUGACGUGUAUACUUCCUCAGUCCUCUCUGAUGACAUUACAGAAAUGGGACCAAAAAUAUUUAAAACCCAUCAAAUCUGAAUUUAAGACAAUUUAAUACCUUCUAAGGCUUGUUAUUUGGAAAACUUUAUCUAUGACUUUUUAAGGACCCGCAGCCAGCCAUGACAACAAUGUACUGCGCUCACAGCACACAACCCCUAAGCCUGUUGGUCAGCAGCAAGCUAACUCAGUACUACAAAGCACACACCCCCUGAGCCAAACUAAGCCCUUCUUGGAAACAUUUGAGGGGAUGUAAGUACGCAACUCAACAAAAUAUAUAACAAAGGCCUGUUUGCUUUUAGACAUUUUAAUGCAGAAGUCUCACAUAUCAUAUCUUUAAAAUACAGGCAUAAAAUAAGGAUGAGGUGGUGGUUAUACCUACCCACACAGCCCGUCUGUUAGGAUGUUCAGAUCCAAUAGGGUGGUGUUGAGCCCUAGGUUUCAGAGCUUAAUGUCAAGCUUGGAGGGUACAAUGGUAAUAUCAUGUCAUUUACCAAUGAUCUAAUGUGUGUAAGUUGUUCUCUAUCUCACUGUAUGACAAGGCUCACCUGGGUAAUGUACAUACUGCAAAAAUGACAAAAAUAAGUCAAGAAACUUGUGACAUAGCAACUGUACCCCAUGGGUUAAGGGGGGCUUGGGGCAUCAGGGCAUUUAGCCCUCUAGGUUUGUUUGUCUGCUCUGACUGUAUGUUUCGUUUUUGACUGUGAGCCUGCAGUUCAUCUUCAUUAGACUUUUUUUUUUUUUUUUAAUUCUUGUCCUGGGUUCUGUGUACCAAUUAAUUCAUUCUGUUGGCACUUUCUUUCCUCCUGGCAUGAGACACAAUCUGACGUAUUUAACAGCUAGACUUUUGUGAACAUUUCCCUUUUCACUGUAUUUUAAGCUGUCUGUGAACUAUAUUGUACCUUACUUUUAAUUUGUGUUUACUGAGUCUUUUCAUUUUCUUUUACAGUUUCAAGGAUAACCUACGAAGGCAGACAUCAGCAUUUGGAUUCCAGGGAAAAGAAAAAAAAAAAAAGGGACUACAGUAAACUCGCCCUUCCCUGUUCAUCUGAAACAGUUGACUGGAAACAGGAUGCUGAUUCAUUGAAAAUCUGGAAAUGUGGUCAUGAUGACAUGACGUGGCGGGAUGGGUAAAGUGUUGAUAAUAGAUGGCCUUCUCUCGAUCAGAGAUCACAAUCAUUCAAACAACUCUGUGUGAAGUCGUUAGCUGUAAGAACACUGACAAUGAAGUUAGCAUGUACAGCCUUCGUACUCCUCGUCCAAACAUUACGAUGUCUGGCUUUAGAUGAUUCAGGCUUUCCACUAACUAACAAGGCCACUGGUUUUUGUCUGGUUAAAUACUAUGACUGGUGCAAACCCGUACGCUGGACAACUGGUGACCGACUUCUGGCUGAUUGGCCACCAAAGUGUCUAGGAGUUCAGGGGAAAAGUUUGGGAAGUCUAAUAAGCCUCUAUGAUUGUGAUGAGAACAGCGAACUCCAAAAGUGGGAAUGCAAGAAUGAAACAGUGCUCGCCCUAAAAGGCCAAGAGCUUUACAUUGAUCUCACUGCAGAUAACACAGCAGUUCUCUCCAGAACAAUAGGACCCAAUAACCACCUCACAAUCACAGGGACGUCCAGUGGUGCUUGCUCAAGGACCGCCAGAGAACUUUACACCAUUGGAGGAAAUGCAAAUGGUAGGACCUGCAUGUUUCCCUUCCACUACAAAGACCAAUGGUACUCACACUGCACGGAAACUGACUCCCCAGACGGCCGGCUCUGGUGUGGGGUUGAAACAAACUAUCAGGGUGAACUCUGGGGCUACUGCCCAACCACUUCCAGAGAACACUGGACCAAACACAUCACAACAGGAGCGUAUUACCAGCUCAACACACAGUCAGCUCUGACUUGGUCCCAGGCUGAAACCAGCUGCAAACAGCAGGGUGCCUCCCUGCUCAGUAUCACCGAUCCUCACCAGCAGGCUUAUGUCACAGCACUACUAGGGGCAAGCGGCCAGGGACAGACGGACAAGCUCUGGACCGGGCUGGUCCUGGAUCCAGAACAUGGCUGGCAGUGGUCUAAUGGGAAGCCUUACCGUUAUCUGAAUUGGGACUCAGGACAUCCAGCUGCUGAUCUGGGAAACAACUGUGGAAUUCUUAAUGGGGCUGUGCAAUACUCCUGGCAAAGUUCAAAAUGCACCAAGAGACUUGGAUACAUCUGCUACAGUGUAAGACCUGUGGCUCCACCUACUGGAGCCCCUGAGGCAGAAUUUUGCUCAAGCCCAUGGAUUCCCUACAACGGCCACUGCUUUUUCCUCAAUCGCACUGAGAAAACAUGGACUGAUGCUCAGAGGGCGUGCCGCAAAGAAGGAGGGGACCUGGUUAGUCUCCGCAAUGUGGAGGACCAAAGCUUUGUCAUCUCGCAACUUGGAUACGCAUCCACUGACCAGCUUUGGAUUGGACUGAAUGACAGGAGGACAGAGGGACUGUUUGACUGGAGUGACCACUCUACUGUCAGCUUCACCAGCUGGGAAUAUGGGAGACCUGCUGUUUCCACCAAUCAAGAAGACUGUGUUCUCAUCAGGGGAGAGAAUGGAAACUGGGCUGACCGUACUUGUGGAGAGAGACAUGGCUACAUCUGUAUGAAGGCUGGUGCCUCUGAACCCUCUGGAGAUGAGGUCGUGCAGAACGUAGGCUGCAAAACUGGCUGGAAAAGGCAUGGUUCUUACUGCUACUUUGUGGGGACGGUGACAAAGACGUUUGAUGACGCCAACGCUGCCUGCAAGAGCACAGACUCCUACUUAGCUGAUGUUUCAAAUGGGGUGGAUAAUGCAUUCCUUGUCAGCUUGGUGGGAAUGAGACCAGAGAAACACUUCUGGCUGGGCCUCUCAAACCAGAAAAACAUAGAGCAUUUUGUGUGGACCAACAAGGACACAGUGAGAUAUACUCACUGGAACGCUGAAAUGCCAGGUCACCACCAGGGCUGUGUUGCCAUGACAACUGGGAUAUUUGCUGGCCUCUGGGAUGUGCUGCCUUGCACCAAUACGUCGAAAUACAUCUGCAAACACCUGGCAGAAGGGGCAUCUUUAACUCCUGCACCACAGACUGUUCCCCCUCCCCAGUGUGCGGACGGCUGGAAACGAGUGGCAUCAAGAAACUUCUGCUAUAAGUUGUAUUCAAAGUCAGAUUCACAAAGAAAGACCUGGUAUGAGGCUAGAGAUUACUGCCGGGCCAUUGGAGGGGAUCUACUGAGCAUACACAGUGCUGUAGACGUUCAAGAGGAAAGACGCUAUCAUGAAGCCUGGAUUGGACUUAGCGCCCCUGACACAAACAAUGGCUAUGUAUGGAGCGAUGGAUCACCUGUAAACUACCAAGACUGGGAUGAUAAUGAACCAAACAAUCAUAAUAAUGCAGAAUCAUGUGCUGAAUUACAAAUAUAUAAACUGGGUAGGGGAGGGUCUUGGAACGAUGCGCAGUGUGAGAGGCCUAAUGGAUGGCUGUGUCAGAUCCGUGCAGGAGUGACUCCACAGACACCUCCAACCCCUGCCACUCCGGAUUACAAUACGACCUCAGACGGGUGGCUAGAAUGGAAGGGAAAUCAGUAUUAUAUCAAUGACAGGACAAUGGCAAUGGAAGACGCUCGUCACUUCUGUAAACGGAGGCAUGGCGACUUGGUAACUAUCAACAGUGAAGAGGAAAGGGUCUUUCUGUGGAAACAGAUAUCACAAACAUAUGGGUCUUUCUGGAUUGGCCUUACUGUAGACCUUGAUGGAACAUUUGAGUGGAUGGAUGGUUCUCCAGUGGUGUUUCAAAGGUGGAACACAGAUCAACCUAAAUUCCAGAGCUAUGACGAGAACUGUGCUUCAAUGAUGACUUACCAUGGGUUCUGGCAUAAUUAUAAUUGUGGGAAUGAGUUCAGGUCCCUUUGUAAACGGAGCGCAUCACCACCUGUCAAUGCCACCGUGGCACCCACAGUACCCCCUAAAGGUGGCUGCAGGCCCGGCUGGACAAAAUUCAACUCUAAGUGUUACAGCUUCAUUACCAACCAGAAUUUAAGAUGGGAAGAGGGGAGGAAACAAUGUCGAGCUAUGCAAGGAAAAUUGGUCUCCAUUCCUUCAAGACAUGUGGAAGCAUUUUUGAUUACUCAGAUGGCUAAAGGAGCUGCUUCUGACCUUUGGACUGGUUUUAGCAGAUCAAAGGAUAGUCAAUUUUUCUGGACCGAUGGAAAACCCAAGAAGUAUAUCAAUUUAAGUUUUAAACGACCCGACAUGAGUUAUGUCAUGUCUCUAUACGACAGGAUAUGGGCACGCUAUAGAUAUCGACUUUUUCACAUUGAAAGUUCUCUGGACUGGCAGGCUAUCCGAGAAUAUUACGAGUCGAUGCGUAAUGCACCGGAGAAAAACUGUGUUGUGAUCAAUACCAAUCCUUUACUUGGUAUUGGAAAAUGGAUACCAAAAUCCUGCAAUGACACCAAUGGAUAUAUCUGCCAUCAAGAUGUUGACCCUUCUUGGCCGGACUCUGCUGAACCAACAAUUUCUUCUGACUAUGUCAGAAUAUUUAAUGACACCAUCAAGGUUGUUACUCAACCAAUGACUUGGGAUGCAGCCGAGACGCACUGUGAGGAGGAUAAUGCUAAACUCGCUAGCAUACGAAAUGAGUGGACACGGGCCUACAUUGAGCUGCUGGCUUUGAAUCUCAAAGCUCCUCUGUGGAUUGGACUGAACAGAAACAAGACCAAAGGCUCGUUCAGAUUUAUUGAUGGCUGGUUCUUGGGCUUUACUCACUGGGGUGAUAAUGAACCGAGCAGGGACAGAUCUUGUGUCUACGUGGAUGUAGACGGAAAAUGGAAGACCGCUCACUGUAACCAGACUAUGAACAGUGUUUGUAUAAAGUCUACAGAUGUGCCGCCAACAGAGUCAAGCGAACAUCCAGGAGUUUGCCCCGAAGUUUCAGAUUUAUUGCAGACACAGAAUUACUUCUGGCAACCAUAUAAGGGUUAUUGUUACAUGUUUUUGACACAAUCAAAAAGGUGGCCAGAUGCAGCUCACAGCUGUGUUACACAUGGUGGAUGGCUCGCCAGCAUUGAAGAUCCAUCUGAGCAAGAAUUCAUUGAAAGCAACAUCAAAAUAUUUCAAGACAGCGAAACCUUUUUCUGGACUGGCCUCUAUAAAAACCACAAAGGGGAGUGGUUGUGGUUGGAUGGAACAGUCAUGGACUAUACUAACUGGGGUGAAGGUCAACCUUUUGAUCACAGCUAUGGAGGGAUUGCUACUUCAGAUGGAACAUGGAAGGCAAGCUAUCAGCGCUAUUAUAGACCGUACAUCUGCAAAACACCCAAAGUAAUGCCACCAACGCCGUCACAAUCUACAGUUGUUUUUAAUCCACAACACCCUGGACACAUGACUGGGUUAGUGGUGGCGGUCAUUAUUGGGCUUGCCAUUAUCGGGGCAGUCGUCGCAUUCUUCCUCUUCAAGAAGAACGGUCAUCGCUUACCCAUCCCUGGAAAGUUAACCACCUUUGACAAUCCACUCUUCUUCAGCAAUGGGCAGUCCCAACCAGAUACAGUUGACACCACUCAACUGGUAGAGAACGCAGAGGAAGAGAACCCUGAGCCCAUUAUAAAUAUCUGACGCCCCCCCCCCCCCCAAUUCAUUUUGUACAUGAGAAAUGUAGGUCGGCGCUGUGCUGUGUAUUUCUAAUAUUUGCAACUGAUCAUCUGCUGUGUAAAGCCAAGUUCUGUAUGUAUAAUGUAUAAUGCUGUAUAAUAGAACAGUUACAUUGUAUGAUAUUCUUCCGGAAAUUCGUCUUGUAAGAUUUUUAAGGUGAAAAUAUCCAUCUAUUAAUACUUUUCAACUUCCAUAUUGUACAUGGACUUUCAGAAUUCAGUCCAUUUGUUUUCUACUUUCACCAUACUUUAUAAAAA